CCCGACGGGCUUCCAGCCCGACGCCGGAAGUGAGCUGUUCCGAGGCGACGCGGGGUCCUGCCACGUCUGAGUCCAGAAGCCGCUGCCGCCGCUACAACCAUGGUGUCAGUAAUUAACACUGUGGACACUUCCCAUGAGGACAUGAUUCACGACGCCCAGAUGGACUACUACGGCACCCGCCUGGCAACCUGCUCGUCAGACAGGUCUGUCAAGAUCUUUGACGUGCGCAACGGGGGGCAGAUCCUCGUCGCCGACCUCAGGGGCCAUGAGGGUCCCGUGUGGCAGGUGGCCUGGGCCCACCCCAUGUAUGGCAAUAUACUCGCAUCCUGCUCCUACGACCGGAAAGUCAUCAUCUGGAAAGAGGAGAAUGGCACCUGGGAGAAGACCCACGAGCACACAGGACACGACUCCUCAGUAAACUCUGUAUGCUGGGCUCCCCACGACUACGGCCUCAUCCUGGCCUGUGGCAGCUCGGACGGGGCCAUCUCGCUGCUGACCUACACCGGGCUGGGCCAGUGGGAAGUAAAGAAGAUCAACAAUGCUCACACUAUCGGCUGCAAUGCUGUCAGCUGGGCCCCUGCUGUCGUACCCGGAAGCCUCAUAGACCAGCCAUCCGGGCAGAAGCCCAACUACAUCAAGAAGUUUGCGUCAGGCGGCUGUGACAACCUCAUCAAACUGUGGAAGGAGGAGGAGGACGGCCAGUGGAAGGAAGAGCAGAAGCUGGAAGCCCACAGUGACUGGGUUCGAGACGUGGCCUGGGCCCCCUCCAUUGGCCUGCCUACCAGCACCAUCGCCAGCUGCUCCCAGGAUGGUCGAGUGUUCAUUUGGACCUGUGACGAUGCCUCGGGCAAUACGUGGUCUCCCAAGCUGCUGCACAAGUUCAACGACGUUGUAUGGCAUGUCAGCUGGUCCAUCACAGCCAACAUCCUGGCGGUCUCAGGUGGAGACAAUAAGGUGACACUGUGGAAGGAGUCGGUCGACGGGCAGUGGGUGUGCAUCAGUGACGUCAACAAGGGCCAGGGAUCCGUGUCCAUGUCUGUCACAGAGGGCCAGCAGAGCGAGCAGUGAGCACACGGGGCGCCUGCUUCUCCACCCGCUGCAGACUCUGGGCCGGCAGCCCAGGCGGCCCCGCGCCCACGCCAUCGGGGUCCCACAGACACAGCAGGAUUAUCAUCUGCCUUAACAUGAUCUGAUAUGGUUUGUAACUUACCGUCCAGCUGAACACACACUUGUUCUGAGGGAAAAACUAUGAAAAGAUCUGAAGGUUGUUAUUUUAAGAUAUUUUGGUCAUUUUUACGUACCUUUUACGUUCAGGCGUCAUUUGUGGGGUUUGUUUCCAGAGUAAUUAAAUAAACACAUAUUGCUUAUAA